AUGGACCUGGAAGGGCUUAGCUAUUUUUUUCCAGAGGACUAUGCCCCUGACACACACACCGAAAUUUUCCCUUCUUGGGCCACACCUUCUGGCCUCACUGAAUCCAAUGCCUUGGCAUGGUGCAAGCAGGCAAUAGCUAACUCCAGCUUAAGAAGAUCAUGCAAUGUUCUUCUUGGCAGGAGGAUAGAGGAUACAGGAGAUAUGUGUAUGAAAGAUCUACUGUUGAAGGAUGAUCUCAACUGGUCUGAAGCAGGCAUGGCCCUGUUAGAGAAUGAAUGUGAAAAGAAGGUUUGGAAGAAAUACAUUACAACACACAAGGGACACACCCAAGGAUUUCAGAGCUCAAUUGAAGACCUCUCAGUAUUAAAAUGCCCUAAUCUCUGCAGUGGUAAUGGACAGUGUGUAGAAUGGGGCUAUGCAUGUUUUAAAGUUUUUAGUUCGUAUGUCUGCAGUGUGUUGUCUGAUCAGAUUCUGGAAAUUACAAAGCUGGAGAAUGAUGGAUUGUAUGAUGUUUGACAGUAUGAUGAGAGAGCUUUUGGACAAGGAUUCAGAGAGCCACCAACUCUGAAAUGUGAAGUUAUCAAACUGCAGCUUGUGAACAGGAGCUGCAAACAGGGAGUUUUGAGAGGGAGUUCUCCAGGUAAAGGAGGAGUAAAUACAGGACCCUUGAGGUACAGAGAUAUCAUGGUUGAAGAAAAUCAAGUACUUGGAUUACAAAACCGUGCUGUAAAGACUUAGAGGAACAUGGAACUAAAAAGAGGCUUUGAAGGCAGU